AUGUUCCCGUUGUCGCUGGUUCUCCUGUCUAUUCUCUCUCUUGGCUCCAUUGAGAGUAGAGUUUUAUGGCGCCAGCCUCCGUUUCCGAGGAGUGGCGAUCCGUUGGCGGGAUGGUCUGCAAGUAGGGUAUCGCGCCGGGAGAACAUGAAGGUAGUCAGUGACCCGGCAGGAGGAUCAGGCACCGUGCUGAGAGUAUUCUAUAAGAGAGGUUCCUACGCGGGAGCACCGGGAAAUAAAGGAGGUGCGCAGUUCCAUGCUAGUCCGUUCCCAUCGAGUCGAAGUUGUACGCUGACGUACGAGGUUUAUUUCGCCUCAAACUUCCAAUUUGUGCUGGGUGGCAAGCUACCUGGGUUAUAUGGAGGAAGUGGCUCAUGCAGCGGCGGGAGAUGGGCACGAUGUUUUUCAACACGAUACAUGUGGAGGACAGAUGGGGAUGGGGAGGUCUAUUUUUAUACCCCAAUGACGCAGGCUAGUGACUUUUGUCGCCGUCCUAGAGUACACUGCGACCCAGUGUACGGUCAUUCUGUUGGACGGGGAUCAUUCCGCUUCAGAAAGGGUCGAUGGAUCAGAAUUCAACAAUAUGUACGAAUGAAUACACCUGGGCGGAGGGACGGUACCUUACGGGUGUGGAUUGAUGGACGACGAGUCCUCUCAAUGACGGACAUUAGCUACCGUGGUGCAACCAGCGUCUCGACAAACGCCAUCUAUUUCUCUACGUUCUUUGGUGGUUCCCGGACUCCUCAAUGGGCUUCUACGACAGAUACGUACACUUAUUACAAGAACUUUGAAGUCUGGGAUCACCAACCGUCUUUUUAGAUUGACGAAUCUGGUAAAAUACAUCUGAUGUUGUUGUAUUCUAAGCUUUGUUUGUUUGUUAGAUAUAAGAAAAAAGCAAUAGAACAAAAGUCAAAGCAUAAUUAGCAAUAGUUUUUGAACGCCCUGUAUAAUGGGGUAGUUUCUAUUUUUAAAGAUAUAAGGCUUGAACUCAGUGCAAUGUUGAAUUACCAAUCCUUGAAGGUGUUGCUUUCCAAAAUUUGCACGAGAUGCUUGCAUCGACGCCUGAAAGAAAUGGUCAUUCCACAAUGCAUUGAGUCUUGA